AUGCAUGUCCACAUGCGUACCCACACAGGUGAGAAGCCAUUUCCUUGUGACAUCUGUGGCAAGGCUUUCUCACAGCUCACCAACAUGCAUGCUCACAUGCGUACCCACACACGUGAGAAGCCAUUUCCUUGUGACAUCUGUGGCACGGCUUUCACACAGAGCUCUGCCCUGUAUGUCCACAUGCGUAUCCACACAGGCAAGAAGUCAUUUCAUUGUGACAGCUGUGGCAAGAAUUUCUCACGGCGCUACAACCUGCGUGUCCACAUCAUGCGUGCCCACAAAGGCAAGAAGCCACUUCAUGGUGACAGUGCUGGCUGCAAAAAGGAUUCCUCUGCUCAGAAACAUGCAGCAUCUAAGGAGCCUUCAUAG